AUGGCCCACUGGAGAGAGGAGUACUCCGCCGCUCUGGCGGCUCGCGAUCGACGAGAAAAAGCCAACGUUGCUAUCUUAAAUGCCUAUACACAACUUGCCGAUCGGACCGGCCGUAUAGCAACAGCUGUCAAUAGCACCCAAAGCUCUGCCCCGACAGAGAGCCACAAUGAUAUUCCCCAAUCCCUAGUGCCAGACCCCAAGAAAAAAGGUGUAGCGUCGUCAGGACUUUCUCCCCCGGAUGCUCUAGCUGCAGCGCGCACAGAUCUAUCUGAGGCGCAACGGUCCCGAUCAGAGCUACAGGAUCGGCUUACUCGCGCAACGGCCGAGCUGGAGAAACUGCGAAAACGAAGCUCGCAGGACUCACGUCGUAUUGGUGCACUAGAGAAAGAAGUUGCUCAGUUGCAACUGCGACUGAAGGACAGGGACGAAGAGUUGAAGGGAAAAGCUAAAUUGCUAGAUGAUUUCCAAGAUGAGCUUGCAUCUCUAAACCUGCAGCUCAAUAUGGCUGAGGAGCGGUCCAAUAGGCUACAGAAGGAAAACCAGGAGUUAGUCGACCGUUGGAUGGCAAGGAUGGGCAAAGAAGCGGAGGCGAUGAACGAAGCCUCGCGAUUUUCUUGA